AUGUUUAAAAUUGUCUUGUUUGACGAGGAGAACAAUCAUGUGGCUGAAGCUGAUGAUCAUCUAACAGUAGCCGAACCUUUUCAAGCUAAACUUGUGGUCAAGCGUUCAGCGGUACGAAAACGGCGUAAGCUAUUCAAGUGUCGGCUCUGCGACAAAAUUUUUGACCGUGCAUCUCGAUUCAAACAACACCAACGGGUGCACACUGGCCCUCGAGUUUUGAAGAAGAAUAGUAAUCGUAAACAGUCAACGAUUGCGCAGACAAACUCUGAACUUCUGCGUGUUUUCCUCGAUGAGGAAGAGCGGAACCGCCCAAAACGCUUAAAAUGUCGACAAUGUGAGAAACGUUUCAAUUACGUCUAUCAACUUAAACGACACCAAAUUGUUCACUCUGAAACUCGAAAUUACGAUUGUGAAGAGUGUCCAAAAUCGUUCAAGCGAAUGGGAAACCUCAAAGACCACUACCGAGUGCACUGUGACUUCAGGCAGUACUACUGCACAACAUGUUUCAACUCUUUCAAAGCAAAAAGCGAUCUCAAGAAACACGAACUGAUUCACACUGGCGCUCGACCGCACAAAUGCCCAACCUGCUCCAAAUCUUUUGUGCUCAAAAGUAAUCUUCAGAAACACCAACAAGUUCACAGCAACUCUCGACCGUUUCAGUGCUCUAUUUGUGAACAAUCGUUCAAAAGAAAAGGUCAUCUCGAAAGGCAUUUCAAAACUAAAGUGCACCAGGAGAAAGAGAACAAGGAUGGUGCAAAGCAGCUGUCUACUCCUGCAACUGGAUCUUCUUCUGCUCUGCCACCUAAACCCAAACGCACAAAUACUUUUCCCGGUCCAGCCAAUGUGCAAAAAUGGUGCGAACCGAAAAGCUUUAAUGACGAGUCAGAAAAGCGCUCCCCUGUUGAAGAUGCCGACUACGAUUCAGAUGCCACAGAAAUUGACAAUUCCUAUGCAGUCAGUGGCGAGUUUACAGAAAAUGUCGUCAAUUUGGGAGCGGUUUGCAGCGAUUCGGACGAGUCAGAGAAGGACACUCUUGCUGAUGAUGCGGAUUAUGAUUCGGAUGCCACUGAAAUCGAUGAUUCUGCAGCAGUCAGUGAAUCUCCUCUAACUGAACCCACGGGCACAAAAUUUUUUACCGGUGCAUCAGCAGAACAACAGUUGAGCCAACUAAAAUGCCGAAACUGCUUGCGAACAUUUGAUACUUUAUCUGCGCUUGAAGAACAUCGAGUGAUGCACACCGAUCCUCGACCGCACAAGUGCACAAUUUGCCCCAAAUCAUUCAAGGCAUAUGGCGCUCUCAGGGCACACCAAGUGGUGCACACUGGUGCUAAAGACUAUAUGUGUUUCACCUGCGGAAUAGCAUUUAGGCGAAAGGGUGAUCUCAACAAACACCAACUGGUGCACACUGACUUCCGACCACACAAAUGUACAACAUGUUCCAAAUCAUUCGGGCAAAAGGGUGAUCUCAACAAACACCAAUUGGUGCACACUGGCAUUCGAGCGCACAAAUGUACAACAUGUUCUAAAUCAUUCAAGUUGAGUAUACAUCUCAAACAACACCAGCUUGUUCACACUGGCACCCGACCGCACAAGUGCACAAUUUGUUCUAAAUCAUUUAUGUUGAUUGGAGAUCUCAAUCGACACAAACAGGUGCACACAGGUAUUCGUGCGUACAAGUGUCAAACAUGCUCCAAAUCAUUUGUGCUGGAAUAUUGUCUCAAAAAACACCAAUUAGUGCACACAGGCGCUCGACCUCACAAAUGCACAAUUUGCUCCAAAUCUUUUGCUCUCAAAA